UUUCUUCUUCUUCUUCUUCUUCUUCUUCUCAGCUUCUUCUCUCUAUCUAACAUCUUUCCAUUCCUUUCACUGUCAGUGUCUUCAAAUUUCCCUCGUUUCAGAGAGAGAGAGAGAGAGAAGCUCAAAUCGUUUGCAACGAUGUCGUUCUGCGAAUUCAAAGCUCGUUGAAUCAUUCUACGCUCUCUCUUCAGAAACCGAGGCUCCGCUAUCACUUGUAUAUCUUAAAACCUUGUUCUUUGCUACAAAUCGAAGCCACUGUUACGGUCAGAGGCAAAAAGGUUAGGUUACUCUCUCUCUCUCUGUUCUGCGCGAAGCGUUUCUGAAAAAUGCAUCGGAGCGAGCGGUUCUCGUCGUGUGCUCCUAUCGAGGAAUCGCCGGCGGUUUGAUGGAAACGGCGACGUUUGCGCUUCGGUGUUCGCCAUUCCAUGGAGUUCAUGGUUCGGUGUUGUAGUUCGUGCGCGCUAUCCAGAUUUCGUUUUAGCCUUCGAUUCGCCGUCGUUGUUUUCGAGAUUGUAUUGAUAUUGGCAUGGUUGGAAGCCAACAAUGCAAAGCUCCAAGAACACCAAUUUCAAUGGGGAGGUUUGGAAGGGAGGAUUGAGAACAUUGCCUCACACUCUUGCAUACAUGACCAGAUACUUGAACAGAGAAAGCGACCUGGUCACAAGGUUUAUUCAGUUACCCCACAGGUAUAUGAGCCUGGUCUCUCGAAACCACUCCAGCAUAAAGGUAGGACAUUACUUGGUGUAUCAACAUCAUUGGAGUUGCAAGGGAAUGAAAAACAACCUAUUAGGAUAUAUCUAAAUUAUGAUGCUGUUGGCCACUCCCCUGAUAGGGAUUGCCAAAAAAUUGGUGACGUUGUCAAGCUUGGGGAGCCUCCCAUGACUUCUCUUCCUGGUUUGCUUUCUUGUAAUCCUCUUGCUGAUCCUCCAGUCUUUGGUGAUUGUUGGUAUAACUGCACUUCUGAAGACAUUUCAGGAGAGGACAAAAAGCAUCGCCUUCGUAAGGCAUUAGGUCAGACAGCUGACUGGUUUAGGAGAGCAUUGUUUGUUGAGCCUGUCAAGGGUAACUUGAGAUUAAGUGGGUACUCUGCAUGUGGACAAGAUGGAGGUGUGCAGCUUCCUCAUGAAUAUGUUGAAGAGGGAGUCUCUGAUGCCGACUUAGUUCUCUUGGUGACUACAAGACCUACAACUGGAAAUACACUUGCUUGGGCUGUGGCAUGUGAACGGGACCAAUGGGGCCGUGCUAUAGCUGGACAUGUUAAUGUUGCUCCUCGUCAUUUGACAGCUGAGGCAGAGACUUUGCUUUCAGCGACUCUGAUACAUGAGGUUAUGCAUGUUCUUGGUUUCGAUCCUCAUGCCUUUGCUCAUUUUAGAGAUGAAAGAAAAAGACGCCGUAAUAAGGUUACCGAACAAGUAAUGGAUGAAAAGAUUGGGCGAAUGGUAACACGUGUGGUGCUUCCACGUGUUGUCAUGCAUUCUCGACAUCAUUAUGCGGCAUUUUCUGGAAAUUUUACUGGCUUAGAGCUGGAAGAUGGUGGAGGACGUGGCACAUCAGGGUCUCACUGGGAAAAGAGACUUCUGAUGAAUGAGAUCAUGACUGGUUCUGUGGAUACAAGAUCUGUAGUUUCAAAAAUGACACUAGCUCUCUUAGAAGAUAGUGGAUGGUACAAAGCCAAUUAUAGCAUGGCAGACCGACUUGAUUGGGGUCGUAACCAGGGAACUGAGUUUGUUACCUCCCCUUGCAAUCUCUGGAAAGGGGCCUAUCAUUGCAACACAACACAGUUCUCUGGUUGUACGUAUAACAGAGAGGCAGAGGGUUACUGCCCAAUUCUAACCUACAGCGGAGACCUUCCUCAGUGGGCUCAGUAUUUUCCUCAAGCUAAUAAAGGAGGACAAUCCUCAUUGGCUGAUUAUUGCACUUAUUUUGUUGCAUACUCUGAUGGGUCAUGUACAGACACUAGCAGUGCAAGGGCGCCUGAUAGAAUGCUAGGUGAAGUUCGAGGAAGUAACUCUAGGUGUAUGGCCUCAUCAUUAGUGCGCACAGGAUUUGUACGAGGUUCUCUGACCCAGGGAAAUGGUUGUUAUCAGCACAGGUGUAUCAACAAUUCUUUAGAGGUUGCUGUGGAUGGUAUCUGGAAAGUGUGUCCUCAGGCUGGUGGACCCCUUCAGUUUCCUGGCUUUAAUGGUAAAUUAAUCUGCCCUGCAUAUCAUGAGCUCUGUAACACAAAUCCAGUGGUUGUGUCUGGGCAAUGUCCCAGUGCAUGUAAUUCCAAUGGAGACUGUGUUGAUGGAAGGUGCCACUGCUUGCUUGGGUUUCAUGGUCAUGAUUGCAGUAGACGUUCCUGCCCCAGCAAUUGCACCGGCAAUGGCAUGUGCCUCUCCAGUGGAAUUUGUGAAUGUAAAUCUGGCUAUACUGGCAUUGACUGUUCUACUGCUGUUUGUGACGAGCAAUGCAGCCUUCAUGGCGGGGUUUGUGAUAAUGGAGUUUGCGAAUUUCGCUGUUCUGACUAUGCGGGAUACACUUGCCACAACAGCUCCAUGCUCUUCUCCAGUCUUUCAGUUUGCAGAAAUGUGCUGGGAAAUGAUAUCUCCGGGCAGCAUUGUGCUCCCAGUGAAUCUAGCAUACUACAGCAGCUAGAAGAAGUGGUUGUCAUGCCCAACUACCAUAGAUUAUUUCCUGGUGGUGCUAGGAAACUAUUUAAUAUAUUUGGAAGCUCCUACUGUGAUGAGGCAGCUAAAAGGCUUGCAUGCUGGAUCUCAAUCCAAAAGUGUGAGAAGGAUGGAGACAACAGGCUACGAGUAUGUCAUUCCGCUUGUCAGGCUUAUAACCUAGCAUGUGGAGCUUCACUGGACUGUGGUGACCAAACCCUUUUCAGCAGCGAGGGGGGGGAUGAGGGUCUGUGCACUGGCUCUGGUGAAAUGAAAUUGUCAUGGUUUAAUCGACUGAGAAAUAGUUUUUCUUUGAGAAACAGUUUCUCCAAAGGAAUAUCUGUAAGAUAUAGGCAGUUUUAGCUUCAAUUGUUUUUCACUUUUGGGGAAGUGGAUUGUAAUUUUUACAGGGUUAUUAUUGUAGGAGUUAGUAAUUGGUGGCACGUAACGUCGUAGAUUUAGGGCCUUGCUCAUCCAAAAUUGUCUAGAAAAAUGGGGGAUGAGAAGGUUACUGAUUUGGCUUUCGAAGAGAGCCUCUUGUAGAGAAAAUUGAAAGUCUUUGGAAUUGGAUAUAGGUAAUGAGGGGAAAAAAAGAAAAAGGAAAAAAAAAGGGAAGAACCUCACAUGGUUAAGGUUAACUGACUUUUGGCCGAAGGCCAUCAAAGGGUAAAGAAAAAAAAUUAUGCUUCAUUUCUUCAUCUGUAUGUUUAGUUAAAUAUUGUUCUUUAAUUAACCCUUUUUAACUUGUU